GAGAUCGAAAUACGAUACCGUACGCGUACGGUACGUACCGUACUGCUGCUGGCAUGCAUCAAACUUCAAAGAUUUAUGUGUGAAAGAUCGACUUCGGUUUUUGGACGAACAUUGUUUUAAUUAAAGUUGAAACAUCAUACAAACAUGUCGUGGGGUCAACAGCAGCCGUACAAUCCAAAUUAUCCUGGUGGAUAUGGCCAGGCACCUCCUCCUGCCACCAACCCAUCGGCACCACAAACUGGCUAUGCCCCUCCCCAUGGGCAGGUACCAGGUUACCGGGCUCCCCCACCGGCCCAUAACCCAGCAUAUAAUGCACCGGGGUACGGACCUCCACCUCCUGCUCAUGCACCAGGUUAUGGUGCCCCCCGUGCAGCUCAAGCACCACAAGGUUACGGUGCCCCCCGUGCAGCUCAAGCACCACAAGGUUACGGUGCCCCCCAUGCAGCUCAAGCACAACCAGGUUAUGGUGCCCCACCGCCACACCAAGGGUAUGGCGCCCCAGGAUAUAACCCAGGUGGUCCUCCUCCCGGUGCAGACCCAACAUUAUGGUCUUGGUUCAAAGCAGUAGAUCAAGAUCAUAGCAAUGCUAUCACGGCUCAAGAGCUCCGCCAAGCGCUUCUCAAUGGCAACAACUCAAACUUCAACCUUGAAACGUGUCGUCUUAUGAUUGGAAUGUUCGACAAGGAUAGAAAUGGCACCAUCAACUUUAAUGAGUUUUCAUCAUUGUGGAAAUACAUUCAGGAUUGGAAAGCUUGUUUUGACAGAUUUGACAGGGAUAGAUCAGGAAACAUUGAUGCCAAUGAACUCAAUACAGCCUUCCAGUCAUUUGGAUACAGAUUGUCAGCGCAGUUUUGUAAUCUCAUCGUGACCAGGUUUGAUCGAACUCAUGCUGGAACGAUAAAGUUUGAUGAUUUUAUCCAAGUUUGUGUGAUGCUCAAGUCUUUGACGGAAGCUUUCAAGAAAAGAGACACUACUAUGAAUGGCGUCAUCAAUGUUUCGUAUGAGGAUUUCUUAGAAAUGGUAUUAGAGAAUGCAGUGCACUGAUAUGCCAACCUUCCAUCAAGAUACCAAUGAAUUCACUUCAAGGUAACAGGUUCCUAUACUAUCAGGAUGUCCCCUUUUGUGACUGUACAAGUCUUCUCAUAGUCAAAUAGGCUCUCUUCAGAAUUUCAGUUUAACUUACACCAUUGUCUACAGACGAGGUUUAACUAUGGGUUGCCAAAUGUGGUGCAUAUCUCCAUAUAACUAAGUGAUAAAUUUCAUUAUUCCAUCUUGCACUCACAUCAUCUUGGAAUGACAAAUACAAUUAUUUUUUUCACCAUGAAAAUAUGAGAAAGCUCCCAGUUACGUCAUAAGAAGUAUACAGUGCAAACAUAUUUUGAUACCUGAGGCUUCCCAUAAUUUUAUCCCAUAUUAAGCCUAUGGUUUGAACUUGACUGGAGUUCAGCAUAUGGGCUAUGCUGAUCUGAAUUUAUUACAGGAAGACUGGAUCAGAGAGGAAUUUAAAAUUAAACUAACAAUUUAAGAAAUGGGUUCAAUAAGAGAGAGUGGGUAAUAUUUAAUUUGUGUAUUUGUACAAAUAUAUUUUACAUUAAUUCAAACAGUAUAUGCUUCUUAAUUUGUCCAAUGGAGGCUACAUCACCUUUCUAUAUGAUCUUGUAAUUUUACAAGUAUCUUUACUUU